AUUGUUUGUCAUGUCGUCGUUGGCUGAAAUCGCGUCGAGACCCGAAAACUUGGAGCUUCUUGCUGAAGGAAAAACCAAGCAAAUCUUUGAUAUUAAAGGAGAAAAGGAUUAUGUGCUCAUUCGUUCCAAAGAUAGCUUGACCGCAUUCAACGCUGUCCGUAAAAAUGAGCUUGAAGGAAAGUCUAGAAUCGCAAGUAAAACCACAUCAAACGUGUUUGAAUAUCUUCAACUUCUCGGUCUACCAACACACUUUGAAAAAAGCAUCUCUGAAACUGAAUUUGUCGCCCGUAAAUGCACCAUGAUUCCGAUUGAAUGGGUGGCACGACGUGUUGCGACAGGAUCCUUCUUGAAGAGAAAUCCUGGAGUUAAAGAGGGUUUCAGAUUUAAUGAUCUGAAAUUGGAGACAUUUUUCAAAGACGACGCUAAUGAUGAUCCACAAUGGACUGAUGAACAAAUUGUGUCGAAUGGUUUGAUGAUUGAUCAUUUGAAAAUUGGAAGAGAAGAGAUUUCAUUGAUGAAGAAGAUGACAAAGUUGGUGUUUAGAGCAUUGGAGAAAGGAUGGGCUCUUUCAAAUAGUGCUCUGAUUGAUAUGAAGAUCGAAUUCGGAGUCACAGUUGAAGGAGAAAUUCUCCUGGCCGACGUGAUUGACAAUGACUCGUGGAGAGUUUGGCCUGAAAAUGAUAGACGUCUGCAGUUGGAUAAGCAAGUUUACAGGGAUAUGAAGGAAGUGACAGAAGAGGGGUUGGCUCUCGUUUUGAAGAAUUAUACAAAGGUUAUGGAUAUCACUGCCACCUUCUCAAAACACCAGCAAAAAUGCCAUGUUCUUGUGAUCAUGGGAUCUGGUUCGGAUGGCGUAUUCGCACGGAAAAUCUCUGAUGAAGCCAAGAAAUUUGGACUGGAAACUACGCUGAAAGUAAGCUCAGCUCAUAAAACUACCUCGGACACUCUGGAAGUUAUCGCUGAUUUCGAAGAAAGUGGAGUUCCGACAGUUGUGAUUGCAGUAGCUGGAAGAUCCAAUGGACUCGGUCCAGUUAUUGCUGGAAACUCGUCUCUUCCGGUGAUCAACUGCCCGCCACCAAGUGAAUCAACGAGUCUUGACAUUUGGUCAUCACUCCGAAUGCCGAAUGGAAUCGGGUGUACUACAGUGUUGGACCCAUCGGAGGCCGCGCUUGCCGCCGCAAAAAUCCUCGCGUCUCACAAUCAUAUUGUGUUUGGAAAAGUGCUCACUGCACAGCUCAAGAAUCAAAUCAACAUUUACAACGCCAAUCGCAAACUUGAAUAGAUGCAGGACUGAAUUGAAAUCAGAUUUUUCAAAAACUUUCUUGUGUAAAUUAACUAAUUACUCAACGUUCACUUUUAUUUCAGCAUUCUUAUAUUAAAAACGAAAUGAAAUGUUUGAAUCUU